UAAGAGCCGAAAGGUCGGGAGGCGGGACCACUCGCACGGGGCGUGAGUGUCGGAAUUCGAUUGGCCAAAGAGAGCCGAGGACCUUCGGAGCGAGCCGAACGUCUCCGACAGCCCCCGGGCAGAGCCGAGGGGCGCCGAGGCGCAGCAAUGGCGGCGGCCGGAGCUGUGGCGGCGGAGAAAAGCGAGGAACCGACGCCAGAGGCCGAUGCGCUGGCCACCGAUGCGCUGGCCGCGGCCCGGGAGCGGUGCAGCCGCUUCUUGAGCGGCCUGGAGCUGAUGAAGCAGGGCGCCGAGGCGCGCGUGUUCCGCGGCCGUUUCCAGGGCCGCGCGGCCGUGGUGAAGCACCGCUUCCCCAAGGGCUACCGGCACCCGGCGCUGGAGGCGCGGCUCAGCCGGCGGCGGACCGUGCAGGAGGCCCGGGCGCUGCUCCGCUGCCGCCGUGCAGGAAGGGAGCUGGGAGUUGAAUUCGUCCUUCUGACUUGGAAGAUGAAUCUGGAAGCCAGUACACUGCUUGGCCUCCUGUUUGGAUCCUUAUCAGGGAUAUCUGCCCCAGUUGUCUUCUUUGUGGAUUAUGCUUCCAACUGCUUAUUCAUGGAAGAAAUUGAGGGCUCGGUGACUGUUCGAGAUUAUAUUCAAUCCACUAUCGAGACUGGAAAAACUCCUGAAAGUCUCCUUGGCUUAGCCAAGACUGUGGGGCAGGUUUUGGCUCGCAUGCACGAUGAGGACCUCAUUCAUGGUGAUCUCACCACCUCGAACAUGCUCCUGAAACCCCCCCUGGAGCAGCUGAACAUUGUGCUCAUCGACUUUGGGCUGAGUUUCAUUUCAGCACUUCCGGAGGAUAAGGGGGUUGACCUCUACGUGCUGGAGAAAGCCUUCCUCAGCACCCAUCCCAACACCGAGAGUGUGUUUGAAGCCUUUCUGAAGAGCUACUCCGCCUCCUCCAAAAAGGCCAAGCCGGUGCUCAAAAAAUUAGAUGAAGUGCGCCUGAGAGGAAGAAAGAGGUCCAUGGUCGGGUAGAAGGAUGCGUGUGACAGCCACGGACAGUUAAGCUAUUUACCUCACAGUAAAUUUGAAGAAGUGCUAAGAGUGUGGAUUACACCUAAAAAAAAGUAUUGGGAUAUUUUUAAGUGCUGUCUGCGUUCAUGCUUGUUAAGUGUCAUUAUCACCUACACUGGACUGUUCUCAGGAGCUUACCAUGUCCAUAAGCCAUGUUCUAGACCAGGGUGGGCAGCAUCUGGCCUGUGGGCCGCGUAAGACCUGCAAAACCAUUUGAUCUGGCCCUGCCAAUGUUUGAUCAAAUAUAGCGGGCUAAUUUUUAAGUUGAUAAUUUUGUAUGACCUGCAAAUGAUGAUAUAAUUAUUCAAAUGGCCCAUGGCAGGAAAAAGGUUCCCCACCACUGUUCUAGACAACUGAGUACAAAAUAAACCUAGGACAGGCUUUCUCCUCAGGAGCAUGGGCAUGGCAAUAAAAAACAUUGACCCACAUGAUGAGAAGAGUGUCCUCUGUUCAUUCCUGGGGAGACGAGAACAAAGUCUCGGUGACAGUGCAUCUAUACCGGCCUUUUAAACCAGUGUUGUUUGUUGUGUUCAUGACAUUCCUCUUGGAAUCAGUGUAGUGGGAUACAAGCAGCAUUUUAAAAAUAAAGUAGAAUCAGAAUAAAGUAGAAUGUGCAUUACAUGGAGUAUUGUCAGUACUGUUUUAUAAGACUUAUUUAUAUAUGUGUAUAUAGACGAGUAUGUACUGGGUUUUGAUGUAAAAUAUAUUUUGAGACUUAUGGUGAAAAAGAUGAAAAAUACUGCUUAACUCCAAUUUCCCUUUAAAAAGCUUUUAUACAACA